AUGGCAGCAGGAGUCGCAGCAUGGCUGCCUUUUGCUCGAGCAGCAGCAAUAGGAUGGAUGCCAGUGGCCUCCAACCCUAUGCCAAGUGCUCCUCGGCAGGAGAGGAAACGUAGUCAGGAUUCCCUGAUUGUGCUGAAUGUGAGUGGCACCCAGUUCCAGACCUGGCUGGACACCCUAGAACGCUACCCUGAUACCCUUCUGGGUAGCUCGGAGAGGGACUUCUUCUACCACCCAGAGACACAGCAAUACUUUUUUGACCGGGAUCCUGACAUUUUCCGACACAUCCUCAAUUUCUAUAGAACAGGGAAGCUACACUAUCCCCGUCAAGAGUGCAUCUCAGCCUACGAUGAGGAGCUGGCCUUCUUUGGUAUUAUCCCUGAAAUCAUUGGUGAUUGCUGCUAUGAGGAGUACAAGGAUCGACGACGGGAAAAUGCUGAACGCCUUCAGGAUGAUGCUGAUCAGGAUAAUGCCGAUGAGUGCCAUCUUCCUUCCAUGACAGCUCGAGAGAGGAUGUGGCGGGCCUUUGAGAAUCCACACACCAGCACAUUGGCCCUGGUUUUUUACUAUGUUACUGGCUUCUUCAUUGCAGUUUCUGUCAUUGCCAACGUGGUGGAGACUGUGCCCUGUGGGGUAACUCCUGGUGCCAUCAAGGAGCUGUCCUGUGGAGAGCGCUACGAUGUGGCUUUCUUCUGCCUAGAUACAGCCUGUGUCAUGAUCUUCACUGUUGAAUAUCUCUUGCGCCUGGUGGCUGCUCCCAGCCGUUACAAGUUUGUCCGUAGCGUCAUGAGCAUCAUUGAUGUCGUGGCAAUUAUGCCGUAUUACAUUGGUCUUGUGAUGACCAACAAUGAGGAUGUCAGUGGGGCCUUUGUAACCCUGCGUGUCUUCCGGGUCUUCCGGAUCUUUAAAUUUUCGCGCCACUCACAGGGUCUGCGCAUCCUGGGUUACACUCUGAAAAGCUGUGCAUCAGAGCUUGGCUUUCUCCUUUUUUCUCUCACUAUGGCCAUCAUAAUCUUUGCUACAGUCAUGUUCUAUGCUGAAAAAGGCUCAUCUGCCAGCAAAUUCACCAGUAUUCCCGCUGCUUUCUGGUAUACUAUUGUUACUAUGACCACCUUGGGGUACGGUGACAUGGUGCCGAAGACAAUAGCUGGGAAGAUAUUUGGUUCCAUUUGUUCCCUGAGUGGGGUCUUAGUCAUUGCUCUUCCAGUUCCGGUCAUUGUCUCCAACUUCAGUCGCAUCUAUCAUCAGAACCAACGAGCCGAUAAGCGCAGGGCACAAAAGAAAGCCCGGCUUGCGAGGAUCCGUGCAGCAAAGAGUGGGAGUGCAAAUGCUUAUAUGCAGAGCAAAAGAAAUGGCUUUCUCAGUAACCAGCUGCAGCUAUGUGGUGAAGAACAAGAAGCUUUUGUUAGCAAAUCUGGUUCUUCCUUUGAAAUCCAGCACCACCAUCUGCUUCACUGUCUGGAAAAAACCACGAAUCAUGAGUUUGUGGAUGAGCAAACCUAUGAAGAAAGCUGUAUGGAGGUUUCUACUGUCAACCGGCAAGGUAGCCAUAGUCCUUCUCUCUCUUCUCAACAAGGAGUGACAAGCUCUUGCUGUUCCCGACGACAUAAAAAGACAUUCCGCAUCCCAAACACCAAUAUAAUCAGCAGCCGUCCAAGUAGUGUCCAAGAACUCAGCACCAUUCAAAUCAGAUGCAUGGAAAGAACACCUCUGUCAAACAGUCGAUCCAGUUUAAAUGCCAAAAUGGAAGAGUGUGUAAAACUAAACUGUGAGCAGCCUUACGUUACCACAGCAAUAAUCAGCAUUCCAACACCACCUGUGACCACCCCAGAGGGAGAUGAUAGAUUGGAAUCUCCAGAGUAUUCAGGAGGAAACAUUGUCCGAGUAUCUGCUUUAUAAAAGUCAGAAUAAAGACCAUUGAGAAGCUGUCGAGGUACAGAAGGAGGAGAGAGACAUCUCUGGGUUGAACAGAACAGCCACAGAUAUUGGAAGGGUUCCGGAGAUACAAAACAUUCUAAGUUUUCAAUAUUGAACUGGGUGCAGUGAACAACCAAAUGGAAUUUCUACAUGAACUGGAACUUUUCUGGAACAAACUCUUGUGUGACUCUUUUCAUUUACUGUACGAGCACAAUGAAAUGUCUCCCGUUAAGGCUUCUUCUUACCAUGGGGAUAAAAAAAAAUCUUUUUAAUAAAAUACCUAAAAAAGCAAAAACAAAGACACAUGCCACCAUUCAGACAGUUUAUUUUCCAGCCAAAUGCAAAAUUAAGGAUGGACUCAGUUUUGAUAAUAUGUUCUCUUUUUUCCUAUUGAUAAACCAUGAACCCAUCGAUCAGCUGACUUUAAAAGAGAGAGAAAUGGCUCAUUCCGUGUGUGUACCGAUUGAAAGAAACAACUCAUAUGCAUGUGAAAAUUCUUUGGAGCUGUGAUCUGAAUUUACUUCUGUUGUUUACUUCAGACUAGGCAUGAUAACAUUUUACUGUAAAAAAGGGGCAUUUCUGUGCACUUAUAAAAACUGAUUGUUAAUGUUCCAUGGUGUACAAAUAACUUCCUGGAGAGGGGUGGGGUGGGGAGAGAAAUAUUUCAUAUUCAAAACACACAUUAGUGAAAUUGAAGUGUUCAGUUAGUUUAGUAUUUAUCAUUGUUUUCCCUUGCUUCCUUGGUACUGUUACAACUGCAAUAAUUCAAUGUACAUCUGUUGUAUCAGGAAUC